AUGGAGAUCUCAAGACAGCAGUUUCGUGACGAGUUGCCGGCGAUCAAGGCAGCUAUCGACGAGUGUGACUUUAUUGCGCUUGAUACCGAACUUUCUGGCCUUCACCGACCGGGAACCAGCAAACGCAUCGACUCGCUCGCCAAUCGCUACGCUGAAUAUCGCGAAGCCACCGAACGCUUCAUCAUUACCCAGUUUGGCAUGUGCACAUUCAAAUGGGAUCAACCUUCGGGACGCUACAUCGCCAAAGCAUUCAACUUCUACAUAUUUCCAACUUCCAUGACCGGCCGCAUUCAACCGAACCGCGUCUUCAUGUGUCAGGCUCAAGCACUCGACUUUUUAUCGAAACAAGCCUUUGAUUUUAACAAGUGGGUGUAUCAAGGUGUCCCGUAUUUGACCGUUGCCGAAGAGAAAGCGUACAUGGAAGAAGCAAGAAAGAAGCUCAACGAUGAAUUGCCCGAUAUCCCUAUCGAUGACAAGGAGCGACCUUUCCUGCAAGCUGCCAAAGAUAAAAUUGAUGCCUGGAUCGCCGAUCCAAAGGACGACGUCUGUGUUAAUAUCACCACCAAAAAUGCUUAUCAGCGUCGAUUGAUUUAUCAGGAAGUUCGAAAGAGUUACUCAGGCCUCACCGCCGAAGGACGCGGAGGCUUCAUCCUUAUCCAGCGUUUAACAGAAAAGCAAUUGAAGCAACGUGAAAAAGAGCGCAAGAAGCGUUUGGAGGAAGAUUGCGAACAAGCCAUAGGUUUCCGUAAAGUCAUUGAUUGGAUUUCUGCAUCGAAAAAGAUCGUCGUCGGUCACAACAUGCUGUUGGAUAUUUGCCAUGUGAUUGCUCAAUUCAUUCAACCUUUACCCCCCAAAGUCCAAGAUUUCAAAAAGUUGGCCCACGAUAUAUUUCCACACAUGAUAGAUACAAAAUAUGUGAGUUCGGCGGCGGCGGAAUUGCAGCAAUUGCUUGGCACAGCUACCUCAUUGGACGUACUGACCUUUGAAACACGACGUGAAGCAUUCAAGAACCCGCGUAUUGAUAUGGAUUGGCUGUUUUCUCGUUAUAUUUCUGACAAGGCCCAUGAAGCAGGAUACGAUGCUUACAUUACAGGCUCUGUCUUGUUGAAACUGUUUUCGUUCUUGGAUGCGCAGCAACAUCCCGAAAAGUACAAGGAACCAGAAGAACCGGCUCCGACAGAGGACGAUGACCAAGAAACCGGCCAACAAAAUAAGGAAUGGGACAUUAGUGAUACGGAAGAGGAGCCCGAUCCAAACUGGACGAACGACGAUGAUGAAGAAGAGGUACACAACUAUGGCUCGAUCAAAGUCCCAUUAAUGACAGAACAAGGCACGCCUACCGAGAUGCUCGCUCCUUAUGUCAAUAAAGUGACCAUGGUACGCACCGGUUGGGAAUACUUUGAUUUCGUAGACACCGAAGCCAUUAUCGAGCAGCACAACACUUUCAUUGUUCACUGCAAAGACAAGACGGUGCCACGGGAUACGGUAUUCAAUAUUUUUUCGGCACAUGGCAAACCCGUGCUGGAUGCUCUUGACGAGCAGACGGUCAUGGUGAUUUAUGAAAAGCUGCAGGAAGACCAGCAACAUAUCAUGGAUAAAAUCAAAACCCAGGUAUCGGAAGAUCCCGAAUGUCAGAAUUUUGAUCUUCUCAUAGAAACCGUAGCGCAAUACCAUCGCAGAAUUAGAGAUCUCUAA